AUGGCCAGCGAUCCUCUUCUUGGCAAGAAAGGCCUUGGCCACUCCAAGCUGUCCAUAUACUAUGGCGCAGAUGAGUAUCUGGCGGAGCUUCAGAAAAAGUACGAGCUCGAUCACGAGAUUGCGACUCUGAAGAGCGCCCAGCCCGAUGAGGGAGACCCGCACGCGGCUAACGCCAAGCCCAGCACUGACAAGCUGCUGAUCGUGGAGAAGAAUGACCAGAACCGGAGCCUGAAAACGGGCCGGCUCUUCCCAACUCCGAACAAGCCGGACCCGAUGCCACUGGAGCUGGCUUUCCUGUUCACAAAAAUCACCCCUGAGCAGAUGAUUUAUAUGUGGAAUGUUCUUACCUUCAUCUUCUGCCUGCAAUGCUUGAUGAUUAUUACAUAUUGUGCCGCUCUCGCAACCUUUCCGGAGAGCUUCUGGACUUGCACGCUUUGUUUCGCCGUUCCCUUCGCAUAUAUCUGCAUUCAGCAGAUCUACAUCGACCACGACGUAAUGCACGGUGUGACGUUUCCUGUAUACGAGUUCCAGAAGUUUAUCACGCAUCCUUUCAGCGACUUCAUAUCCUUGCCGUGGGAAGAGUUCGUCCUGGAGCAUGCCCGUCAUCAUGCAAGCACUGUGGACCUGCUCAUCCAGGGGGAGUUCGGCUGGGACCCCGAAGAGUUCCACUAUGCAUUGCAGCAGUGGGCAGGACCCAUGGGGCCAAACUGGUACAAGUACUUGUUGACUGUCCCCUGGAUCCCGGUGAUUCACUUCUUCGGACUCAAUGACACGGGCUUCCUCUUUGCCCUUGAGUGGUGGAUGAGCUUCCCAGAAGCUGAUGCUAGCGGUAAAUGCAACAAGGAAUUCUGGACAAAGUGGAUGCCUCGACGUGUGAAGCAUAACGCUGUGGUCCUUGGGCUCUGGGCCUGUGUUUGGCUUCUGGGAACCUGGCCCUUGGGCAGGCCAUUGAGCCAAGGUUGGCGAUUCGUUCUUCCAGUGACAUGUGCAGCACGUGUAGGCUUCUCGCUGGCCUGGAUGUUUAUCACAAACUUUACCCAUUCGCUUCCUUGGAACAAGUUUUUGGAGAAUGACCCUGCUCGGACCUGGCCAAAGCUGCACAACAUCAUGGCGCUGGCUGUCGGGGGGAAGCACCGCUGGAAUGAGAUGUUGUUCCAUGAUGUCCAUCAUGCGUUCCCAAACGCCAUGGGCACACUCAGCCAGCGGGGCCGUUUCCAUGGGUGGAAGAAGGUGCACGAUGCCUGCGUUGAGGUUUUGUCGCGGGGUCUCUGGAAACCGAACGGGGACGAGGAAACCGAGAUGAUGAAGUCUCAAAAGAAGCGUUCCGCCCUAAUGAAGCAAGGAAUGGCUUCCUAA